AUGGAGACGUUCUUAAUGGUGAAACCCGAUGAGUUUCGAGCUUUGGUAGAUUAUUACAAGGGAAAAAUUACUGAAAGUACUCUUCUGGACAAAGCCGCACGCGUGGCCGCCGAAGCAAAACUGUUAUUAGAAGAUAUAUCUACUCUUACUGCUUUAAAAGAACCUGUGGUAAAAGAAUUGUUGAUGCAAGAACGCAAGCUUACUGACAAAUUGAGACAGAUUCCUAUCGCUGGUGGUGUAGAACCUCCACCUCGAGACGAUGAGGGUAAUCUCAUGGAGGGGUUGCAAGAGGGAUUGUUAAAAGAACUCAUUAAAUCCAUAAAUAUGAGGGGACAAGCCGCCGUACCUCAGAUGACACCCAAGAGGGAACCUGUCACACCUGCGGGGAUCAAGAACGAACCCGUCACCCCUGCGAAACCGGGAACGUCCAAGAUUCCUUUUCUCACAGCUCCAUCCCAAAAGAUACAA